UUCUUUUCAAACCGAGAGAUUGUGGUUUAAACUCUUUCGUCAGCCGAAACGACGCCGUCUUGCACUGCAUCCAGAUGAAUUGAGCGAAAAUGUUUAAGAACACAUUCCAGUCAGGGUUUCUAUCAAUUCUAUACAGCCUCGGGAGCAAGCCUUUGCAAAUUUGGGAUAAAGAAGUUGUCAAUGGCCAGAUAAAACGUACUCAAGAUGAAGAUAUACACUCCAAUGUCCUUGAAAUAGUUGGGUUAAAUGUCCAAUCCACAUACAUUACAUGCCCAGCAGAUCCUGCUGCAACACUUGGUAUAAAGCUACCAGUCUUGGUUAUGAUUGUAAAGAAUCUAAAGAAAUAUUUCACACUUGAGAUUCAAGUGCUGGAUGAUAAGAAUGUCAGGCGACGUUUUUGCGCUUCUAAUUUUCAAGCUGUGACUCGAGUGAAGCCAUAUAUAUGCACUAUGCCAUUGAGGAUGGAUGAGGGAUGGAAUACGAUCCAGUUGAAUCUUGCUGAUUUUACCAGAAGAGCAUAUGGAACCAACUAUGUUGAGACAUUGCGAGUUAAGGUUCAUGCAAAUUGCCGGCUGAGAAGGAUUUAUUUCUCUGAUCGCCUUUACUCAGAAGAGGAACUCCCACCAGAAUUCAAACUGUAUCUCCCAAUGCAGAUACCAUAGCCAAUCACCUGCUCAAUAACUAUAAACUUGGCUUUUACCACCUUCUCAUUAGCUGUCAAUAACUAUAAAUCACUUUUGCUGCAGAAAGCAUGAUGAGUCUCAGCAAAACAAUCACUUUUGGAAGAGCUGGCCAUGGUUGAUAUUCAUGUUUUGUGCAUUUCCUUUGAGUCAGUCAACUGGUUAUAUCCAAACUGCUCUCUGUGACUUCAGAAAACAUGAAUAACCAUAAAUCGCUUUUGCUGCAGAAAGCAUGAUGAGUCUCAGCAUAACAAUCACUUUUGGAAGAGCUGGCCAUGGUUGAUAUUCAUGUUUUGUGCAUUUCCUUAGAGCCAGUCAACUGGUUAUAUUGAAACUGCUCUCUGUGACUUCAGAAAACAUACAGUAAUGUAUCAAACUCCUAGAUCCAUUUUGUGUUGGUUAAAAAAAGUUUAUGUUCAGCAGCUUAUUUGACAGCAGGGAAUGGGAAGAUGGAACCCAUACUAAAGUACUGUAGCUAUUUUCUA